AUGGUUCUUUCUCAAAUUGACUACUUUUUUGCAGAGGAGACAUCAACUUCUCCCUUGUUUGGUUUUAUAGACCUUUUCCUAGGUUUAACAUAUUUCAACAAAAUUCAGAAGUUUAUCUCAAGUUUAUGGUAUUUCCUUUUUUGUCAAGUUCAUUCUGGUAGCUCCAUAGAGGUAAGAGUGGAGAGGAAGGUUUCAGAAUCUAAUGAGUGGUCAAAUGGUGGAAGAGAAAGUGGUGAGAUGAUUAUAGAAAGAGAUGAGGUGAAAAUGGUGAUGGAAAGAAUGGGAUUUUUUUGCAGCUCAGAGAGUGAGGAGCUUGAUGAAAAGUAUGGUUCCAAGGAGCUUUGUGAAGUGUUUGAGGAGAAUGAGCCAAGCUUGGUGGAAGUGAAGCAAGCUUUUGAUGUUUUUGAUGAGAAUAAAGAUGGUUUUAUUGAUGCAAUGGAGUUGCAAAGAGUUCUUGUUAUUUUGGGAUUGAAGGAAGGAUUAGAGUUUGAGAAUUGUGAAAAGAUGAUCAAGAGAUUUGAUGAGAAUCAAGAUGGAAGAAUUGAUUUCAUUGAAUUUGUAAAUAUUAUGAGAAAUCACUUCUGCUGA